AAAAAAAAACAUAAAAUGUCAAAAAUUUUUAAAAACUUCUAAUAAAAAAAAUUCGAAAAAACUCCGACUCUAAAUGUCUGUACCAUUUGUAUCACAUCGAACAUUUAGUAAAAAUCAUAUGAGAAUUUUACUAAAGUGUAGUUGACAAUAUGAAAAUACUGAAUGACACGGACAAAUUAAAAAUUAAUCCACGAAAAAUAAAACCACAGAAUAUCGUAAAACGUUUACGACAACGUGAACUCUACGGUUGUGUGAAACCAGCAACACAAUUUCAUGUGGCACGUGAAUUUCAUCAAAAUGUCUUCCCAAAUUUUACAAUUAUCAAUAUUGAGAAACCACCAUGUUUUCUACGAAAAUUUAGCCCGGAUGGAAAACAUUUUAUUGCAUUCUCAUCGGAUCAGACAUCGUUGGAAGUGUACACAUAUAAAGGUUCAGCUGCGGCAGCCGAUUUAAUUGAAGGUCUACCAGGGGAAUAUAUUGGCAAUAAAAAUGAUGGCCGUGCAUAUGAAAUACGGAAUAAAGUAUUUGAACGAUUUUUUAAAGAGAAAUUUACGAUUAAUAUUACACAAAGUAAUAAACAAUUAAAUAGAGAAUGUAGUUUAUUUACGGACGAUGGUCGUUAUGUGAUCGUGGGCUCAGCUGCGUAUAUACCAGAUGAUUUACGACCACAUUUUUAUCAAAUUUAUACAUCAAAUGAAGCGGUUUCACCAAAUCCUAGAGCUCCAUUAGAAGAUUACUCGUUACAUUUAGUUGAUUUAAUCGCUGGUAAAUUAUGUGAUACACGUGUAUUCGAAGUAGAUAAAAUUUUUCUAUCACAUAAUCAAGGUCUCUACUUAUACAAAGACAUUCUUGCCGUAUUAUCCGUUCAACAUCAAACCAUUCAUAUAUUUCAAAUAUUGGAUGGUAUGUUUAUAAAUAUCCGUGAGAUUGGUCGAUUCUGUUACGAAGACGAUUCAUUUCUAAUAAAUUCAGUGUAUCCAGGCAACAAUACACGACCAUUCCGUGAUGCAACAAUCAAUUCAUUAAAACAUCGUAUUCUUGUGUUUUUAUAUAAGCACGCUUGUCAUUUAUCACAAAUAUCGAAUGAUCCAACCGAGCUACGUAAAUUUUAUCAAUAUUUCGAUCAAUUAAAAUCGUUACGAAUGUGGAAAAUGCAAUUGUUAGAUGAAAAUCAUAUUUUAAUUAAAUAUGCGAGUGAAGACGUUGUGACGUUAAAAUCGACGGAACCAAAUAGUCAAUCAUCAUUUUUUGUCAUUUAUAACAUGAACGAAAGUAAAGUUUUGGCCGUCUACCGGAACACAUCGAAAGAGUUGCUUGAUUUAUUCGAGAAUUUCUGUGAUUUAUUUCGUAAUGCACGGAUUCAUGCUGAAUCACAAUUUACAUGUUCGCCAUCGAAUAAUUUGUAUGCACGAUUAUUACAGCAACGAUUUAAACAUACAAUUGUUAGUGCACGAUUUGGUGGUUGUACAGAAGCAACGAAACGUUUAUUAGCGCAGUUACCAAUUAGUGCCCAAUCGUAUAGUAGUUCACCGUAUUUAGAUUUAUCGUUGUUUAGUUACGAUGAUAAAUGGGUUUCGGUUAUGGAACGACCCAAGGCCUGUGGUGAACAUCCAAUAAGGUUUUAUGCACGUGAUUCUGGAUUACUUAAAUUUCGUAUAUACGCUGGUGUGUUGGGUAAAAGUGCACCGCCCACAGCACGGCGGCUUGUCGCAUUUACGUUUCAUCCAACAGAUCCAUUUGCCAUAUCUGUACAACGGACUAAUGCUGAAUAUAUUGUUAAUUUUCAUAUUCGACAUGUAUCGUGUUAGUAUUUUUUGUUUUUGGUCUUGGGUCAAGCGUAAUAUUUGACUUUUCAGAUGCGCUGAAAAUUUGAGAGCUAACAACUUUUUAAAAUACGAAUAUUUCAUAAAAGAAAACUUUGCUUUCAGUUAAGAGAGCUUUUCAGCAUCGUUAAGAGUCCCCUGAAAGAGAAAUGUUAUGAAUUUUUCAAUAUUUUCAAAAUUUGUUAGAUACAACCUUGCAAACAGAUUUUUAAAUUUUCAUCCAAUCUGAAAUUAUUGUCAAAUAUACUACGGUUGAUCUUAGACCUAUUUGUUUUUGUAAAUUUUUAUAGUUCAAUUUCUUACUAAGUUCCAACAAAAUAAAAGGCUGACUUUAA